UCCACCAACCAGCCUCGUCAGUGUUCCGUUAUGACGACAAGAGAAUAGAGUAUGUGCUUUGCUCCCAAUUUCCACGAAAUAAUUAAGUUACCACCGUCCCAACUCUAAAUUUCAAAAUUUCAUUCAUCCGUCGUUUGAUUUUCGCCUCGUUUUCCUUCAAAUUUUGAAGUCAAAAUUUCCCCUAUUGAUACUACCUAAAUCCGACUCGAAUUAAUUCUUUUUAAUGCAAAAAGAUGGGACCGGGAUCAGAAAAAACGGUAUUUACCCAACCUCAAAAUUUUCCAUUCAUAAAGAAGAGCGGCAAGACGAAGAACAAUCUGGGAAAGAAUUCCAACUACAAGAAGGGAUCUUGCAUCUCUCACGAUGAGUUUAAGGGUAGUAGUGGCAGCAGUAGUGGAUCCGUUUCUGCGGAUGAGACUGGAAAAUCAAGUCAUUCCCAAUCUGUUAGAAGAAAGUCUGGCAAGGACCAGACUUCAAAUCAAAAUUUUACCUCGUCCUAUCCCCAGUAUCACGCCAAGUCGAAACCAAUAGCAGUCAAAAGGUCCAUUAGUCAUAAUGAAGUCGGAGGAGGAUAUACAAAGCCCCAAAGUCUUCCUCUUCCAGGUGGCAAACAACAACACCGGUCAUUAGCAAGAAACUCGCCUGUGAAAGGAGCGACCAUAUCGAUGUCAACUACCACCCCUCCUCUUCCUGUACGUCCGAGCUCAAUGACGCCACCAAUCACGACAACUCUUCAACAAUCCCUGAUUUCGACAUCACCAUCUCCAAAAGGGAUUUUGGGAAAGACUUUUUAUGCCGGGGCCAAGUUUGAAACGAAUCCUUCGUGCAUGGUCUUGCCUUCUCCUCCAAACCAUUGGACCGCUCCUUGUCCCAUACAACGAUCUCAAUCGCAACCCUCCACCCCAACUAUUAAGUCUGCACCCAACGUUACUCAGUUUACUUCGAUUAAUCUGACGUCUCUCUUUGGAUCUCCACUCGACGUGACAGCUACUGAAACAGCCAAGCAGUCGUCGACUACAGCGGCAAAGUCAUUCCCUGGCAAAGUUGUGAUGAUACAAGCAUUAGUAAAAAACCAAGCGGAAUCGGAUCUUUCUAGUGAUGAAGAGUUGAAGGAAAUCUUGAAUGAAGGGACCAAGAUGAAGAAGGCAGAAUUAGACAAAAAGGAAGCAUCAUUGGUCUCUACUACGACUACAGUCUUACAGGCUAGUCCUCAGACUAAGAAAAUUGUGAAUUCUGAAGAUUUAAAAAAGGCACUUGGAAUGAUUUCGUCGAAUUCUUCAACUCCUGUCAACCCAAAAAUGGAGCGCAGCUUGGACCUUACUUGCCACGGAUCUGUAACGCCACUGAAAAAUUUCAAGAAGAUGUCGGAUCAAUUGAAGUCUCUCAUGAAGGUAGCGGCCUAACUUAUAUGUUGACUACUCUCAUCACUUCUCCUCAUCCUACUGUACCAAUGAUGAUACUCGGUUUUUCGAUACGGACAAGAUAGUUUUUUUUUGGUUUUUAACCAUUAUAUACCCUUUCGGAUUGAUUAUUGACGCACGCACAAAGAGGGAUAAGAUAAGAGGGAUUCUACAAGAUGACAUCAGUAAGCAAGCAGUAUGUGUAUUACAAAUUCGCGAUGACACUUAUUGCCAAUGAAAUUGACUAAUGAAAUGCUAGUGGGGAGACGGAACACUUGCCAUGAAUUUCAUUAGCUCAAGUUUUUUGAUGCAUGUAGGAGAAGACGACUAAGUAUAAAGUUACGGUUAAUGUUACACACAAAUAGUUUUAAUUAGUUUAUAAGUAGCUUAAAGUUAGAUUAACAAAAGUCAGUGAUAUAACAAGGUGACUUUUAUAUAAUUUUUCGACUGCAAUAUACAUAUAUUAUAUAGGUAGAUUUACUUUUAGUUAACCAUUUAAAAAAUGACAUACACGCUAAACUUUUCUCUUAUGAGUUGUUCCAUUGCUCUAUUUUUUUUUGUUUCUCAAGCACCUCUAGGUGCAAAAUCUAAUCUAAUAUAUAUUUCCCAUUUCUCGGUCUUUCCCCUUAUCGAAAUUCUUGGUAAUAGCAAUAAUAGUAAGUAAGCGUCCUCUCUUAUCAUCUCCUUGGUUGACAUUUUAAUCAAACAGUUUUAGAUUGGCAAAAAUCCAAAAUUAGUUAUUUGUAUUCUAUAAACAAAUUUAUCAAACAAACUCGACUGUUUUGCUUAGAUUAUUGUUUUUAUUUCCGAAAUGACGACAAUUAUCAACAAGCAGAAUUUUAGUUUUUGCAGUCCUAUCCCACCCACUUUGAGCUGCUUGAAACUCUCCGACCAAUAGUUUUAAUUAAUUUUAGUGGCAAUCUUUAUCAUAUAAUGCAAAGAACAAUAUAUCACUAUUAUUAUAAUUAUAGGAAAAUAAUGUUUAGUCUUCGUGCAACGAAACGUCCGCACAAAGUAGUAGUACGAUAUUGAUCGCAAAGUAUUGGAAAGUCAAAAGUGCUUAAAUAUGGAAUGAGUAUGAGUUGAACAGUUUGUGAUUGAAAAUAUUUAUCGUGACUUAUAUUAUUGCAUCAAAUGCCAGCAGGGAGGUGCAACAAGUGUCCCUUUAAAGCUUUAAAGCCAACAAUUUUAAUGAAUGAAAAAGGGUAAAAUAAGAAACAUAAGGUCGGCGUGGGCGAUAAUUAGUUAAAUUAAACGUUGCAAUUUUUAGAGUAUAUUAGUUAUAUUAUUAUGUAGUUAAUAUUAUGAAACGGUGACUAUCAUGUUGGAUGUCGUAUGUAGGAAAUGAGGGAUCUUAAAAAACAGGCAAUAUAUUAUUUAUUGGUUGAUUAAUUAAUUAGUGAAAGCUCUUCUAAUGAGAAAUGAAAAUUUGGAAAUUUCCAAAUUCUCAAAGAACUACCAUGAAAAUUGAAAUGAAGUUUGAAAUCACAGUCUGGAAAGUCUGAGAGAGAUUGAUGGAAAACUCCUUAGUAGCCAAACGAGAGAAAGUGUUAAAAUUCUCAGUAAAACUACUUAUUAUAUUACUUUCUAGUCGUCGACCUGUUUCGUGUUUCCUCUCACACAGUGCUUUUACUUGUUGAGGGAAGGCUCGGAUCUCUUUAUCAAUAGGUAUACUUUUCACUGAAGUUUUAAUAAUUUGGUUGUAUCAUAUUAUGGUAGCAAACAGGGAUAAUUUACAUGUGAUUUAGGACAGAACUGACAAGAUUGAUUGAGAAAGUAAUGGUUUGCUGUGUUUGCAGAAACCUUUAAUCAUUAACCGUGCUUAUUACAAUAAUAAUUUAGUUAACGUCACGUCAGACUUAUAUACGCGUAAUAAGUUUGUUCAAGGCAUUAACUCAACCCACCCACCCAAUAAUAAUCGUCACUCGUACGCUACUAUUAUUAGACCUACCAAAUAAUCUUUUGUCAGCUCCCUUUCUUUCUCAUUGUUGCUCGAUGUAAACUCACGAAAUUAUUAAUACGGCAAUCAUAAAUUUCAAAUCUUGAACUCAACUCGUACAUUAUUAGCUGAAGGUCAACUCAACAAAAAGUCCACCCAAUUCAUAGUCAGAACGAUAAUCUGCUGUGCCCAGAAGGAAAAAUUAUUUUAUAGGUUGCCAUUUUGCCAAGUAUCGAAAACUAAUAAUAAGCCAAGUUUUUUAAGAGGUUACGAUAAUACAGUUACUGCAAUGAUAAUUUACAAUUUACAAUUCAAGUAACCAAAGCCAAAGUCAAAUGCGUUUCUCUCUCUAAAGGUCGGAUUUUAUAUCUAAUUUAAUUCCAUAUAAUUACGGUUUUAAGACAAACGUUAAGUUGGAGUCAGUGAGUUUAGUUGAGAUGUAAUCUCGUGAAAGCGAAAUGCAAUUAUCCGAUUUAUUAUAAGAAACCUUCCUUCUCCGGUGGUUAUAUUGAGACGUACAAAUUAAACAUUAAUGGACCAGGAGAUAACCUUCAGUAUUUUUUAUUUUAAACAAAACGCGACAUUCGUGUCUUCACUUUGAUUAUCACAACAAUGAUGAGUUCAGUUAGUAUAGUUUCCAAACGACGCUGUUUACAUCUAGUUUUAUAUAAGUUUUACCCAAACGUUAUGGUUAACGAGAGAAUGGUACAAACAAACUUAAUUUUUUUACACCCCACCUCACCCCACCCCAACCACAUAUACACUCACCGGAGAAGGUCGGCUUUGAUUUAUAGGUUGUUUUGUUCGAGGACAAGGGUUAUUUUGUACAAUUGGCAGUACUAAUAUUACUGCCAAACAGGCUAAUGCUGAGACUGAGAAUUAUUAUACAUGAGUAGGUCAAUACUCAAUCUCAUCAAUCGAUAUUGCACUUACCAGCCUUGUACAAAGUACCUCUGAUCAUGUUUUUUGUACUGUGACUAUACUUGGCUGGAAUGAAAAGAGGGAGGGCAAUUAAUUUGUCCAAAGGAAAUUGCAUUUAAAAUGAAACUAAAAAGUAACUGAGGGAGGGACAGUGCGAGUAAGCUUAGAAGGUCAUAAGGUAGCUAAUGUAGAUUAAUUAAUACAAAACGCAACAAUAUUUUUCCUAAUGAAAAAUUUGGCUCACAAUAUACUUAUCACUAUUCAAAUAUUAUUCAAACCAACUUGUGCAAAACUUGAACUAUAAAUAUAUAGCUAUUAGAUUUUAUUAAGUUUAAUUUAAAACAACAUUUUAUACAAAAAGCAGGGAAAUAUGCAGAUUACUCAGAGAAAAAUUUUUCAAGUGUUUCCAAUGUUAUAGCUGCCACAAGACUGCCACACCGUGUACCUGUUUCUGGGUAUUCUGUGUGAAACUAAUGAAUGGCAACGUAUAUAAAAUUGGCGUUUUCAGUACAGAAAUGUUUCAGAUAAAACAAAAACAUAUCUUUUAUCGAACCCACUUUUUAAGUAGGGAAAAAGAUAUGUUUUUGAGCAAUUGUAUUCACUCCGAAGUACAAAAUAUUUCCCUGCUCAACAAUUUUUAGUCUUUCAUUAUGUGAAUUGCAAUAAUGCUUGCGUAAAAAGGUUAAUGCCCGUUAAUAACCAUUUUACGGAUGCAUUUUUUUGCCACUUUAUAUUACUAAAAGAGUGAAUGUCGUCGGGGUGAAGUUGACGAGGUACGCAGUAUGUAAAAUAUGUAACUCUGAAGGGGAUAUGGGCUACGAGAUCUCAUUCAUAUAGGAUCGGCCUUAACCCAAGGAUUACAUAAUGAAUGAAUGUGAUUAAAGGGUGUGUGUCAAAGUGCAAGACUGAAAAUCAUAAUUUGAAGAUGACAGGAAGGAUGGCUUUAGAUAUACUCGUAUGCAUAUGCGAUUCUUGUGAUUGUACAAUUAUGUAUGUACAAGAGCCCAGUGAAAGUUGUUGCUGUUUCGAGAAACCAACAAAUUCUCAGGUCUGUCUGAUCUUUAAAGGUCCUUUGAUUUUCAUUUUUACUAUUACAAACAUUAUUGUUAUUUUCUUCUUCGGUCUUAUCACCCUUUUCCAGUCUACUUCUAUGUUGUACUAACUAGUGAUAUUGUUAUCUUAUUUAAUUAUAAAAACACAUUAAAAAGUUCCAAAAAAUUCCCUUUAAUUUUAGCUCAUAUACGUACUAUAUUAUUAUUAGUGGUAUUAUUAUUAAUACAAGUUUUCUCAUCUUGUGAUUUGUUUUCCAUACAUCGUAUAAAUUUAUUUUGUCUCUGCUCUUAUGUUUAUUUUAUGCCAAAUAUCUGCGAAUUUAUCUACGCGUCUAAUAUAUAUGUUCUCCCCGGCAAUACGGUCCAUAUCAUUUCAAUGUGAAAUCCAGAACAAUUGGUAUUAGUAGACUGAUACAAAAAAAAUACAUAUAUAUUCCUAUUCGAGUCAACUUGAAAUCUCAUUUUGUUAGUUUUAAGAGUGCAUAUUAUUAUAUUUAUUGACCUGAAUUUGUUAUUUAUAUUGGCAAUCUGACAAAAUCAAUUUGUAAUUUAUAUAUUAUUCAACCAAUUUUAAUCAUCCAACCAAUAAGUGUUUUGUACGCUUAUGGUUUAAAAAUUGUCAUUUUAACUAAAGUCAGGUAUUCUCAUCUGAAAACUCGACUGAUUAUUGUAUCCGGUGGUUCUUGAAAUGUUAAAGUUUAAAUUGUUUUCCAAAAUUGGCAUCAAAAUUAAUAAAUUGUUUCCCAAUUGGCUUCCAAA